AUAGGUGUACCAUUGACACUAUCAACGAACACAAACCCAAGACAUAGUCACCCUGAGACCCUUUCACCACAAAAUGCUCUUUCUCCCACCUUCACCAACCACCUCCGCCACCAUAUAACUCCGAUAAUUAGUUCACCCAUCGAUCAUUUCAUCUCUUACACAAAACUUCACAACCCUUUUCAAACAUUCAUCGAGUUGAUAACUAAAGAUGGAAGAAGCGAGAGCCAGGGGCUCAGUCAGGCGAAGUGUCAGCCGGACAAUUAGCAGGAACCGGAGUACGGCAAGAUGGGGUAUGGAAGACGUGUUUGCCGGCGGGAGUGGUGGCAGCUACAACCGCCGGUCUAGUCGGCACUCGGAGGAAGAUGAAGAGGCCCUCAGGUGGGCUGCGUUGGAAAAACUACCCACUUAUGAUCGUUUAAGAACCACCAUCAUGAAGUCUUAUACAAACGAAGAUGAAAACCAACGUCAAAGGACUAGCAUCUUACAUAAAGAAAUAGAUGUACGAAAGCUUGAUCCAAACGAUAAACAGCAGUUUAUUGAUAGGAUUUUUAAGGUUGCGGAAGAAGAUAUUGAAAAGUUCUUGAGAAAGUUCAGAAAUCGUAUUGAUAAGGUUGGCAUCACGCUCCCAACCGUUGAAGUACGAUUUGAACAUUUGACAAUCGAAGCUGAUUGUCACAUUGGAGACAGAGCACUUCCUUCAUUAGCAAAUGCUACUAGAAAUUUGAUUGAAUCAGGUUUGGGAUGCUUAGGUAUCGGUUUAGCUGAAAAAACUAAACUCACAAUUCUUAAAGAUGCAUCCGGGAUCAUAAAACCAUCAAGGAUGGCACUAUUGUUGGGCCCACCGUCAUCCGGGAAAACAACUCUUUUAUUGGCACUAGCCGGAAAGUUGGACAAUAGCUUAAAGGUUAAGGGAGAAAUUACAUACAAUGGGCAUAAACUUACUGAAUUUGUACCACGAAAGACAUCAGCUUACAUUAGUCAAAACGAUGUUCAUGUUGGAGAAAUGACAGUUAAAGAAACACUAGAUUUCUCUGCAAGGUGUCAAGGAGUCGGGUCACGUUAUGAAUUAUUAACCGAGCUUGCUAGGAGAGAAAAGGAAGCCGGGAUUUUCCCAGAAGCCGAAGUCGAUCUUUUCAUGAAGGCAACAUCAAUGGAAGGAGUUGAAAGUAGUUUAAUUACCGACUACACUCUUAGGAUUUUGGGACUUGAUGUAUGCCGGGAUACCAUUGUUGGUGAUGAAAUGAUACGAGGGAUCUCCGGUGGUCAAAAGAAACGUGUCACAACAGGAGAGAUGAUUGUUGGGCCUACAAAAACACUUUUUAUGGACGAGAUAUCAACUGGGCUAGACAGUUCCACCACAUUUCAAAUUGUGAAAUGCCUCCAACAAAUUGUUCAUCUCACCGACGCCACUGUGUUAAUGUCCCUACUACAACCAGCACCAGAGACAUUUGAUCUGUUUGAUGACAUCAUAUUGCUCUCAGAAGGCCAAAUCGUAUAUCAGGGCCCAAGAGAACAUGUGGUUGAGUUUUUCGAAACAUGUGGAUUCAAAUGUCCAGAAAGAAAAGGCACCGCUGAUUUUUUGCAAGAGGUUACGUCGAGGAAGGAUCAAGAACAGUACUGGGUUGACAGAAACAAACCAUACAAAUACAUAUCAGUCACCGAAUUCACAAAACGAUUUCAACGAUUCCAUGUCGGACUUCGUCUCGAGAAUGAGCUUUCAGUUCCAUUCGACAAAUCAAGAAGCCACAGAGCUGCAUUGGUAUACAAAAAAUACCUGGUUUCCAAAAUGGAUCUUCUAAAAGCUUCAUGGGACAAAGAAUGGCUCCUAAUCCAACGAAACUCUUUCGUCUACGUUUUCAAAACUGUUCAAAUCAUAAUCGUAGCCUUCAUUGGAUCAACAGUCUUCUUAAGGACUAGAAUGCACUCACGAAACGAACAAGAUGGUGCUGUUUACAUUGGUGCACUUUUGUUCAGUAUGCUUAUCAACAUGUUCAACGGAUUUGCUGAAUUGUCACUCACGAUUCAAAGACUUCCGGUGUUUUAUAAGCAAAGGGAUUUGUUGUUUCAUCCGCCAUGGGCGUUUACUCUUCCAACCUUUCUGCUUCGUGUACCUAUAUCGCUUGUGGAGACGAUUGUUUGGAUGGUUGUUUCUUAUUACACCAUUGGAUUUGCCCCUGAAGCUAGCAGAUUCUUCAAGCAAUUCCUGUUGAUAUUUCUAGUCCAACAAAUGGCUGCUGGGAUCUUUAGGGUUAUUGCAGGGCUUUGUAGAACCAUGAUCAUUGCUAACACCGGUGGAGCUCUCACUCUUCUACUUGUCUUUCUUCUCGGUGGUUUCAUCCUUCCUAAAGGUCAAAUCCCGGAUUGGUGGGGAUGGGGUUAUUGGGUUUCACCCAUUACAUAUGCUUACAAUGCGAUCGCAGUGAAUGAGAUGUUUUCUAAUAGGUGGAUGAAUAAAUUUGCUUCCGACAAUGUAACAAGAUUGGGUUUACAAAUUUUGAAAAACUUCGAUGUUCCUAGACAAAGCAACUGGUAUUGGAUUGGGACAGCUGCCCUUGUGGGUUUCACAAUUCUCCUAAACGUGUUGUUCACUUUAGCACUCAUGUAUCUCGAUGCUCCUGGGAAACGACAAGCAAUAAUAUCGAAAGAAACAGCAGCCGAAAUGGAAGCAAACCAAGAAGAAAAUACCGAAAUACCAAGACUGAGGGUAAAUCCGUCAAAAAGAGAUACACUUCCUCAGUCUUUAUCAGCUGCUGAUGGAAACAACACAAGGGAAGUAGCUAUGCAACGUAUGAGCGAUCCAAGUCAUGCCCAUGGAAUAAAAAGAGACCAAGAUUUAUAUAUCGAAACUGCAACCGGUGUAUCCCCUAAAAAAGGAAUGGUUUUACCCUUCACUCCUCUCGCCAUGUCAUUCGACAGUGUCAACUAUUAUGUCGAUAUGCCAGCUGAAAUGAAGGAACAAGGGGUGACAGAAGAUAGGUUACAAUUACUUCGAGGUGUAACGGGUGCAUUUAGGCCUGGAAUCUUGACUGCAUUGAUGGGAGUAAGUGGAGCUGGAAAAACUACAUUAAUGGAUGUUUUAGCAGGAAGGAAAACAGGUGGUUAUAUUGAAGGUGAUAUAAAAAUAUCCGGAUAUCCAAAAAAUCAACAAACUUUUGCAAGAAUUUCUGGAUAUUGUGAACAAACUGAUAUCCAUACACCCCAAAUCACAAUUCGCGAAUCUUUAAUCUACUCAGCUUUCCUCCGUCUCCCCAAAGAAGUUAGCAAUGAAGAAAAAAUGACUUUUGUGGAUCAAGUGAUGGAGUUAGUUGAGUUAGAUAAUCUAAAAGAUGCAAUAGUGGGACUUCCAGGAGUUACUGGUUUAUCAACAGAACAAAGAAAGAGGCUAACAAUUGCAGUAGAACUUGUUGCAAAUCCUUCAAUUAUUUUCAUGGAUGAACCAACUUCUGGGCUUGAUGCAAGAGCAGCUGCCAUUGUUAUGAGAACUGUAAGAAACACUGUGGAUACUGGAAGAACCGUUGUUUGCACUAUUCAUCAGCCUAGUAUUGAUAUCUUUGAAGCAUUUGAUGAGUUGCUACUAAUGAAAAGAGGAGGUCAAGUGAUCUAUGGGGGACCACUGGGCAGGAACUCCCAGAAAAUUGUUGAAUAUUUUGAGGCAAUUCCAGGGGUACCAAAAAUAGCAGAGAAGUACAAUCCAGCAACAUGGAUGUUGGAAGUAAGUUCUAUUGCUGCAGAGGUUAGACUUGGAAUGGAUUUUGCUGAACACUACAGGAAUUCAGCUUUGCAUGAAAGGAACAAAGGUUUGGUUCAGGAGUUGAGUAUACCUCCUUCAGGUUCAAAAGAUCUUUAUUUUGCAACGCAAUAUUCUCAAUCAACAUGGGGACAAUUCAAAUCGUGUUUAUGGAAACAAUGGUGGAGUUAUUGGAGAUCACCUGAUUAUAAUCUUGUUCGUUACUUCUUCACUUUAGCUUGUGCACUCAUGGUGGGAACUAUUUUUUGGAAAAUCGGGAAAAAAAGAGACAGUAGUAGUGAUCUGACAACAAUCAUUGGAGCCAUGUAUGCUGCUGUUCUUUUUGUGGGAAUCAACAACUGUUCAACGGUUCAACCAAUCGUAGCAACAGAAAGAACUGUUUUUUAUCGCGAAACAGCUGCUGGAAUGUACUCCGCGUUACCAUACGCCAUGGCACAGGUGUUUGUGGAGAUACCGUAUGUAUUUGUUCAAACAACAUAUUACACUCUCAUAGUGUAUGCCAUGGUGUCAUUCGAAUGGACUGCGGCUAAAUUCUUUUGGUUCUUUUUCAUAAACUUCUUUUCGUUCCUUUACUUCACAUACUAUGGAAUGAUGACGGUUUCCAUUACACCAAACCACCAAGUCGCAGCUAUAUUUGCAGCCGCUUUCUACUCCCUUUUCAAUCUUUUCUCCGGUUUCUUCAUUCCAAGACCCAGGAUACCCAAGUGGUGGAUAUGGUACUACUGGAUUUGCCCGUUGGCAUGGACUGUAUACGGUGCGAUUGUGUCACAAUACGGUGAUGUGGAGGCGACCAUUAAUGUGCCUGGGAUGUCAUUUGAUCCUAGAAUUAAAGAUUACGUUAAAGACAAUUAUGGUUAUGACCCGAAUUUCAUGGCACCCGUUGCUAUAGUUUUGGUUGCUUUUGCGGCCUUUUUUGCUUUUAUGUAUGCAUAUUGCUUGAAGACAUUGAACUUCCAAAUGAGGUAGUUAGGUCACAACUUGUAAAAUAUAGACACAUGUUAUUGAGCCAUUUGAGAUUGGUGACAAUUGGAUAUAGUGUAUUAGAUUUAUAAUGUAUGGAGAAGUUUUGGGAUGUAUUUUGUAAUUGUAUAUGUUCAAAGAUAUUGUAAUGAAAGUAUGAAAAAGUUUAUCCA